UUGUUAAUCUUAUUUAUGCUGGAUUGUGUGUGUGUGUUAUUUUGUGCGGUAUCUAUACAGUCCAGGCUCUUUAAGACACACCCUUACUGUGUACGUUCUCUCUCAGAUAGAGGCAGGAAGUUCCCUGCUGUUGUUCAGCUGCUGUUGGGGACGCUGGUGUAUUCACUGCUGGAGAGUUGCUGAGGUGUAGAAUGGCUGAGGGCGGUCUCUCAGUGGACCAGUUCAGCUGUCCAGUAUGUCUGGACCUCCUGAAGGAACCAGUGGCCAUUCCAUGUGGACACAGCUACUGUAAGGUGUGUAUUAAUGACUGCUGGGAUCAGGAAGAUCUGAAGGGUGUGUACAGCUGCCCUCAGUGCAGACGCUCCUUCAGACCGAGGCCUGUGGUGGGUAAGAACACCAUGCUGGCUGAAGUGGUGGAGAAGCUGAGGAAAACUGAGCUCCAGGAUGUUGGUCCUGCUUGUGGUCCUGCUGGACCUGGAGAUGUGGAGUGUGAUUUCUGCACUGGGAGGAAACUCAAGGCUGUGAAGUCCUGCCUGGUGUGUCUGGUCUCUUUCUGUGGGACUCACCUCCAGCCUCAUUAUUCAGUUCCUGCCCUGAAGAAUCACAAGCUGAUCAAAGCCUCCAGAUACCUGCAGGAGCAGAUCUGCUCUCAACACGAGAAGCUGCUGGAGGUUUACUGUCGCACUGAUCAGCAGUGUAUCUGCAUGCUGUGCACCAUGGAUCAACAUAAAGGACAUGAUGCAGUAUGCGCUACAGCUGAAAGAGCUGAGCAGCAGAAGCUGUUGCUGAACGCAAAGAAGGAAUACCAACAAAAAAUCCAGGAGCGAGAGAAGGAGCUCAACAAGCUGAGGAAUGUAGUGGAUUCUCACAAGCGCUCUGCUCAGGCAGCAGUGAGGGACACUGAGAAGAUCUUUACAGAGCUGAUCCGCUGUUUUGAGAUGAAACGCUCUGAGGACUUAGAGCUGAUCAGAGAUCAGGAGAAAGCUGCAGUGAGUCGAGCUGAAAGAGUCCAGAAGCAGCUGGAGGAGGAGAUCGCUGAACUGAGGAGGAGAAACUCUGAGCUGGAGGAGCUUUUAAACACGGAGGACCACGUCCAUUUCCUUCAGAGUUUCCAGUCUCUCUCAGAUCCUCUGGCUUCUACAGUCUUUCCCUCGGUCCCUCCUGUCCACAGUUUUGAGGAGGUAGUGAAGUCUGUGACUGCGCUGAGAAGUAAAGUGGAAGAACUGUGUAAUGUGGAGAUCAAAAGCACAGCAGUUAUAGAUUCCUGUGAGCUCACCCCUGAUUCAGCCACAGUGAAUAAACCUCCCCAACAAAAGAGAAAGGGGAAACAAGUGGCGACCCACACUAAAAGAGGCCAGCGGCGCUCUCCACGGACUCCCAGAUCUGAGGAUUGUGUUCAAGGAAUGCUUGGAGAGUACUAUGGUAAUUUCCCAGAAGGAGCGUUAUUUGGUCCUCGGGAUCCCGGCUGGUACCCAUGCCCCCCUAAUGCAAUGGAGCAAUGGGUGCAAGGGUGGGAGACAGUCCAAAACAAGAAGCGAGGGAGGAAGAGAGGUGGUCAGAGCAAUAAUCCAUACUAUUAUUUCUACUGACCAGAGCAACGACUGAACAACUGCAGAGCCCUGGAGCCGUGUGACACACAUGAUAAUAACUGUGAUGAGUGACAGUUUUAUACCAAUAUUAUGAUCAUAAUUCUAAGGAUGCACAGAAUAUUCAGCAACUGAUAUUAUUUUGACAUCAUAUCAUAAAAUAAAAAAAACAUUUUACAAUUAGUGUUGUUAAAAUAAAUAUUUGAUAAUUCAUGUAUUCCAUUUAUACAGUUUUUAAUAAAAUCACAUGACACAUGUGAAUAUACAGCACA